AUGGAAUUGGCUCCUCAGCUUAGAUUCAAAAUAUAUAAGUCAUUAUUAGAUUAUUUGGUACCAGAAGAGAAAAUAGAUUUCAAAUACCUUUUUCUUUGUAGAUUGUAUGUUAAUGUGAAAUAUGCAUGCGGUAUUAAUAAUUUAAUGGAUAUUAGAUUCAUAUAUCAUCCCAUCAAAUUUUAGACUACUUUUUUUAGAUAAGAAAAAUUUUUAGGUUUAUGAAGUAGAUCCUCCUAUAUUAUUCAGUGACAUCCCAUAAAAAUUCUUUGAUUAAUAACGAUUACCAUUAACUUAGAGAUAUUAGUAUACUAGAACCAAAGAGAAUAAAAAAAAUAAUAAUUAAGAUUAAACUUGUCUUAAAUUUAUGGAAUUUUGGUCACAUAUUAUUAUAGAAAUGGGUAAGGAUGACAUUAAGAGAUUUUAAGCAUUUCUAUUAAAAUUACCUGAAUAACAUAAAAUGCCAAUCUAAUUGAGAUUGUAAUAGAAUCUUUUGUAAAACAACUAAGAAAUUAGUGAUAAUUAUAAAGGUGAUAUAAUAAGAAAAAAAAUAAAAAUAGUAAAUUAAGAAUAAUUUUGGAAUCACUAAAAACCUAUUCAAGAAAUGAAAAGGAAUUUAAUUAGUGAAUAUUAAAAUGCAUACACUAAUAAUUUAGAUGCUGUAUUAUAAGAAUUAAUGUCUUAUUGUAGUAUUUAUAAAUUGAGUUAAAAUGAUAAACUCAAAUAUGUUGAUUAGCUUUAAUUGAUUAAUGAUAUUAAACUCAAUACAGAAUAGGAUGAUAAUCCUUAUAUGAGAAAUCGUCCUCCAAAAAAAACCAAAGGAAAAGAAUAGAAUUAAGUAAGUAAAUAUGGAGAUGAGAAGAAUGCUUAACCAUAUUCUUAUAUAUAGUAAUUCAAAAAUAUAUAUGAAUAAUAAUUAAUCAAUACAGAAUUAGGAAAAUAAUUUAUAAAAACCUUUGGAUUAAAAAUUAUUGAUGAACUUGCAUGUAAUUAUUAUUUAAAUUAAUUAGAAUAGAGGAAUUUCAAUUUAGUGAAUGAUUACAAUUACGAUGAAGAAGCUAUAGGUAAAUUAUUUAAAUUAAUAUAAAAAUAGCUAUUAGCGGGAUUAAAACAAUGUAAUAAGAUCCCAUGAAUGAAGAAGUGAUUUGUAAAAAUAUAUAUCAUAAUUAAGAUCAAAGAGUACAAGGAAACAUAUUAGAUCCCUCAUUUCUAGGCUAAAUCGAAUUAGAAAAUGAUGGAGUCCAACUUGAUGAAUAACCUAAAUCAAAGGUCAAAGCAUAAUAAAAAGUACCUCCACUUAUGAAAAAACAAUAUCAAACUAAUUCUGAGUGGGAAAGAGAUCGUAACUACAUUCUUCAAUCGAUCAAUUAAUUCGAUUAUGAAAAGAAAUUUACUAGUAAUUAUAAUCAUAAUAAUUUAAAAAGAGGUUGACAUCUAUUAAGCAAUUAAAGAAGACUAUAAGUUAAGCUUUAAAAUUUCCUUAAGUACGAUCAAAAGAUAGGAGGAAAGAGAAAAAGAUUUUUAUGCAGAAGUAAGAAGAGUCUAUUCAAAUGUGAGAAGAUUACUUUAAUAUUUGUUUGAAGGUUUGGAAUAGAAAAAAAGUGAAUAGUAAAUGAAAGAGUACACUGAAACACUCAAAGAAGAAAUAAAAGCAAUCAGAAACAAAAUUAAUUAGCUAUAAACAACUGCUACUGAUAAGGAUAAGUUUAAAAGUAUUUUGUAUGAAGAUUUACAAAAAUAAAUUGAAAAGGCCAUAAAUGAGACUAUUUAUUAAUGA